AUGACUGGAAACAACAAGAUUCUAACCAACAUUGUGAAGGAAUUUGGAUCAAAAAUCACAUUCGGUGAUAACUCUAAGGGUAAGACAAUGGGAAAGGGUAAGAUUGUCCAUGAUAAAUUCGAUAUGAGCAUGAUGUGGGAAUUAAGCUUCUUCUUAGGCCUUCAAGUUCGUCAACUUGAAGGAGGCACCUUCAUCAACCAAGCGAAGUACACAAAGGAGCUGCUAAAGAAGUUCGACAUGGAGAGUUGUACUACUAUCUCAACAUCAAUGAGCUCAUCAAUCAAGCUUGAUAAAGAUAAAGAUGGUUGUAAGGUGGACAGGAAGAGCACUAAAGGAACAUGUCAAUUCCUUGGUGAUCGACUUGUCUCCUAUUACAGCAAGAAACAGACCUCUAUUACAACCUCAACGGCUGAAGCAGAGUAUAUUGUCGCUGGUAGUUGCUUUGCUCAGUUACUAUGGAUCAACAACAAUUGA